AAGGAUGUAUGGCUUUGCAAUAUGUGCUACCAUCGUCGGCAUCUGAUAGCAAGUUCAGGUUCUUGGUACCAUCGACAGAGAGGUAAACCACAAGGAUCCGGGAGGCGAAGCAGUCUGGACGAAGCGACUAUGGCGAUAAAUGCUGGUCGUUUUGAAGGAAAACGAUUCGAAAGGAAUGCCUCGUUUUCUGAGUACGAAAAUAUCCGUGACUCGGUGCUGGAAUCAGUUGACAUCCAAUACGUGCCAAAAGUGGCAGACGAGCUACGUAAAGUGGCGUCGGAGAGCCUAGAGCGCACAGGCAUAUCUGAAAUAAUAUCAACUGGGGUGAAAUUCUUGGACCAACGAUCGAGUAGUGAUGAAGCACAGGAGUCACAUGAUCAACACAGUCGAGAACAGCCAGACAGCAAUCAAGGUACAAUGCCAGAGACAUCCAUGACGUCAUCAUUCUCAGCGUCAGAUAGUGGUCUUGAAAGUAUGCGUGGUGAAGACACAACUCCGACUCAAGUAGAAGAUACAAUACGAACCAGCUUAGAUCUAGAUGAUGAAGAAAUGAGGAAGAUGCUAAUACAAAUGUCUAGUAACAGUAUCGAUGGGCCUGCACAAAAGAAAGAUCAUUCUCUGACUAUGGAUGUUACUAGCUCUGACCCACUACUGGAAUCGUCUAUUGUUGGUGCAAACAUUGAUAAGCAACAGGAGCUGGUCAAGCCUAAUGAUCAUCCUGAUGGUGCCACAAGUAGAAUGACAACGCCAUCUACACAAGAUGUCAUUGACCUGCCUACUAUAAAAGAACGAAAAUCUAUCCUUGAUAGUGAAGAGUUUAAAUCUAUAGAGGAACAAAUUUAUAGUCAUACAGAAGGAUUUAAAGAAAUUUUUAAGUCGUUCAAUUUUUCAGAUAAAAUAGGUUCUACAAGCUCACUUGAUAUGGAGUCAAGUAAUGGUGAUAUUGAUAGUGAAGAAGAAGAUUUACAAAUGGAGGCAUUGGUCAUUGAUAAAUCGUCAACUAUAACUUCCGAAGAACCCUCUGAACUACAGAAAAGGGACAAUGAUUUAACGGACCUUACAGCGCCAUCUUCUUAUGAAGAAAUUGAAAUGAUGCUAGCUAAUGAAAAGCCUAAACGGCAUUAUUCUCUUGAUUUUGAGAGCUUAAGUGACAGUGAGAUUCGAGUUUGUGGAGGUAAGACCAAGUCAAAGAAGUCUAUUGUAAUUGGAGAAAAACCUUCACACUCAAGUAGUGAUCCAAAACUUUCAGAACGAGGUCGUGCCCUUCUAACUGCUGAAGAUUACCUCCAACAGGGUUGCUUUUUAGGUAAAAACACUGCAAAGUCUUCCUCAUUUUACGGAUUUCCGAGUGAGAAAGAAGAAAAGCCUGAAAUGAGAUACAGAUCUGUAGGUGAUUUAACCAAAAUUGGAGUGGACACGGAUCCCGAUGAGUUUGUAAAACCCAAUAGGUCGAGUCGCACGGCUACGCCUAUUGUUGCAAAGUCUCAGUUUCAAUAUCCUUCAAAUCGGAAACAGAAACCAAAUUCAUUACCCAAGAGGAAACGAAGUCGACGUAUGGUCGAAAAUCCUUUGUCACCAAUCUGGGAUGUAGAUACUUCCGGAUCACCAGGUCCCGACUACCCAACAGGAGAUUUCCCAUCUCCGGAAUAUGCUGACCCAUCGCUGGCAGAGGAGUCUCCUCUGGAGUACGAAGACGAGGAGGACAUUGACAUUGAAGAUGAUUGCUCUGCACAUGACAACACAAGACACUACAGCAACGACGCCCAAACUAUAAGCGACAUUUACGGAAGCGGAGAUCUAGAGGAUCUGCUUGAAGAGGAUGAUGAGGAUGAGGAAUUUCGUCUUCACGAAGAAUACUCACGAAAAGCAAGCCUGACACCAGAAGAUGCAUUUCAGUUGGAAACUGUGAUGGAAGAAGAGGAAGAAGAUUAUGAAAUGCAAAAUGGAGUAACAUCACUUGGAAAACAAUUAAAUGGAUCUCCCGAGAAAUCGGGGGAAUGUUCUGAUGUUACGUUUGAAUCAUUUUCGUCAGAUGCAGACAGCAAGGAUGCAUUAUCUGAGAUAAAAUCUCCUAAGCACAGACCACCUCCAUUAAAACUCUACCACGACCAUACAAAAGUCAUGCCUGCUUCUUCUAACAUUGCGUCUAAACCAGACACACAGGUUCUGGAAUCACCCCCAACACCAGUUGAAUCUAGCGGUAAAUUUGAAAAACCGAUACUUAGUAAAGUUGGUGAAAUUAUUACCUCACCAGAUGCUGAUAAGCAAGAUACAAGCAAAGAAGAUGGACACACACUGGAAGAAAGAAAAAGAGUCACAAAGCAUCCACCGAAACAUAAACCCCCUCCACCACCUCCUAUUCCCCCAAAACCAAAAAGAUUGCAAAAAGGGAUACCUACUCAAAUUAAAGACAUUAAACAAACGUCACCGAAAGCAGCUGCAAAAACCGCUCAAUUUUUCCAAGAGCCACCGAUGUCACCCAGACUAUUAGCAACGUAUAAGCAAUUAACAGAAAGUAAAUGCUCAGCUCAACCGACCAAAGAUAAAAUUGAAGGUUCUGGUGUAAUCCAUGAGGGAGAAAGUUUGCAAGAAAAGGUACAGCAAUUCGAGCAAUUUAUCAAGGAUACAAACAAGCAAAGUUCAUUGCCAGAUGCAACUGAAAAGGUCUCUAGGCCACGCAAAAAAGAAACGGAAUCAGAAUCCAUAGAUCAACCUGUAUCAAUUUCUGAAGACAUAAAGCCCGAAAAUAAAGAGCCAUCACCUGCUCAUCAUACAGAACACACUGAUGCAGUAUUGAGUUCAAAGGCACAAGAUGUAGGUACCUCUACACCCACACAACGCACUGUCACAGCCAUCAUGAAAUCUGUUCAUACCGAGAUGGGUGAAAGUUUUGAAACACAUGAUGUUAAAUCAACUACUACAGUUGCAACAAGUACAAGUAAAGAUGAAGCUGCAGGUUCUAUUAAAGAUAUUCGUAGUAAAAAGCAUCAAAGCGUAUCUGUAGGAACAGGAACAGUGUCAGAAGGGGAGAGGACUGACAGUGAGGGUGACAAAGUAUCAAUUGCUGUUAUGUAUACCUCGAAAGGUUCACAUUUACUCUCAAUACGUCCCCAAAAGCCAAAACCAGACACAGAAGUACGCCAACUAGAAAGUCCAAUGAUUUCGCCAACAGGACCGACUACGAGUAGCAUAGCUGUAGGUACCAGUCCAGAUGUAUCACCUACUACAUCCGAUUCUGAACCAUUAUUUGUUCCAAAAACAAAGAUGUUCCGAGAAAAAGGGGUCGGCACUGACCGAGACAAUUUGGGUGCUGUUCCGUCAGCAUCGUCACGUGCAUCAAGUGGAGACUCAACACCAGAAAUGGUAGUAAGACUAGGCAAGCGUCAGACAGUCACUGAUGCAUCAAUGAACGCAUCGAUACCCACCUCUUCUUCUCGGCAAUUGACAUCUGAUGGUCAAGUAGAAUAUUCCUCAAAGUGUUACUCAUUAACAGGGACACCAAGCCAUAAGCGACAAGCUACAGGCGUUCAAACUCAAGGAAGCGACGUUUCCGACUCGGAUUCUGAACGUGGAAGUAGCGCUGACACGUCUAAAAUUAGGAGACGGCUUCCCCCAGUCCCCAGUAACAGCAUGCCGGUAUCAACUACUGUACUUAAGGGUAGCCUACUAUCAACCGAUGGCACUACUGAACCGACGUUAGACAUUGAAAAGCCACUCAAUUUACAAUACAUACGUGAGAUGCUCAGUCGAAAGGCAGCCGAGCUAGAGAAACAACGACGGCAAGUCGAAACUGUGGGAAAGAAGACAGAGGAAGACAAGAAACGCCUUGACAUGACCGCAACCAGAAUCACAAGACGACAGGAAAGAAGACAAAAAGGAACUGGUAUGAUUUUCGAUGUUGAUGAAAUGGUUAUGAUGCACGACAGCGAAAGUAAAGAUUCGGACGAUGAUGGCCGAUCAAAAUCAACGUCAAGCCUUCACGUCCUAAGGCCAUUUACACAUGGAUUUGUGUUGAGCAAGUCAGAGGAAGACAUCAUUAGACAAAUCGAGAAGCAGAUAUCUGAAUCUACUGGGACACAGUAUAGGGCUUACGAAAGGGCUGAAAUUGAAAGGGAAGUGCGUCAAAAAUACGGACUGUCCGACUGUAGAGGACUUACAACAAGCCCUCUGCAGCGAGAGAAGAAGAAACAUGAUGCUGCAAGAAGAACUCAUAGUGAUGGAGAAUUUGAGGACACAAUUUACGAUUCGCAUAUUUCUAGAAGUAAAUAUCAGUCAGAAGCCGCCGUGCGCAGAACAAGCAGUUCUUCUCCACCAGUUCUUCGGCAAUAUAGGAUGAAAGACAAAAAAAGAAAGACCAUUUUCAUUAUCUCAGUUUUCAAGCUGCAAAACAUUAAAGUUCAAUUUUGGUCCAAAACACAUACUGAAGCUCUAAAUAAGCCAUUUCACGGUUCUAACUGCGCAUGCUCAUAUCAAGCAUUGUGCACUGUCUUAUAUAUAAAUGCAUGUUUGUUUUUCCCGCGUUAUAUCGUGUUUGUAGCUGGCAUGAUCUAUCCCUACAUGCACUUUAGCACCAUGUCACUUCCUGACCGUGUUGUUCAUAUGGGCAAAGAUCUUCUUUUGGAUUUUUACCAGCAAGCUUACGCUGAUUAUUAUUAUAGCAGUCAGGAGAUUAAGAUGGAAGCAAGCGAAUGGACACGUCGUGCAGACGAUAGCGACGUGGAAGAAUACAGAAGUGGACAUACUACUAUUUUCCCACCACGAAAGAGUUCGUUUUCAAGUCAGAAAUCUGAACAAACGCGCGAGUAUUCGUUUCCCACAAAGAAAUUUUGUUUGAGUAAAGAUCCGUCAGACCGGUCAUCUAGAGGUAACGGCCUGGGCAUGCGCAUCGUCGGAGGAAAAUGUAUUCCUGGCACACGUCAAGUUGGAGCAUACAUUGCAGAAAUAUAUCCAGGCGGUGUGGCUGAAAAAGUAUCUGAACUUCAUUUAGGUGACGAGAUACUAGAAUGGUGUGGCAUUCCAUUGGAAGGCAAAACAUAUGAAGAGACCCAAAAAAUAAUCAGCAGUUCCGACGGCGAAGUCGAAAUUGUAAUAAGAAGUGGACUGUGCAUGAUGACUUCACCACGAAAAACAAUUUCCACAAAGCAGAUAUUACAGGAUAAUCAGCAGUUCGAUUCCAUAAUAUACGAUUCUGAUGGCAAAUGUACUAAUGGUGUUGACCCGCGUACCUUAACUAAACGCUUGGAAGGCAUCCAAUCACAUUCUCCAUCACAAUCUAGCGAAUCAUUUUCAACGAGUCAAUCAACAUCAAGCGACACUUCAACGCCAAAGCGCAAACGAAAAGAACGAAUGAAGUCGAUAAAGGGGGAAAUUGAGCUUCAACUUGACUACGAUGACAAUGUUGGGGAUCUGUUCAUCAACGUGAUGAAGGCACGUGACUUAGCACCAAAGGACCGCAAUGGCCUUGCCGAUCCGUUUGUGAAAAUAUGCCUUCUGCCGGGAAGAUGUGCUGAAAAUAAACGGCGAACUAUGUACGUGCCACGAACACUAAACCCGAACUGGAACCAGACUUUCGUUUUCCGAGGAAUCCGGCGUAAAGAACUCUGCACAAAGACUUUGGAAAUUCUUGUCUGGGAUUAUGAUAGGUUUUCAACAAAUGAUUUCAUGGGUCAGGUAUUGAUUGAGCUUUCUAGAAUGGAUACUUUAGACAAUAACCCUCGAUGGUACAAACUACAGCAUCAAGGAGAGGUUGCCCCAGCGGAGGCUCACACACCGCAGCUAGUCUCACCAAUCAAACCAGGUGGAUGUUUUCUCCAGCCACCGACACAAAUGAUCCGGCCUAAGACCCGCAGUGAACAGAGCACUUCGGAUCCAGCCUUCUGGAAAAGGGUAUCAGACGGAACGUCAUAUCCGGUGUCGAGUCAGGCCGAUGCUGACUCUGCUGGAUCAUCUGCAUAUGAAUAUGAUACUGACAGAUCUACAUCUGACAUUUCAGCAGUUGACAGAGAUCACCCUCAAACCUCGGAUUCAGGGGUACAACUAAUAUGUAAAAUGUCUCCCGAAGAGAGUCAAGAUAUAUCCACGUCACUCACAAGAAUAGAUGACGCAAUCCGAGCUCUUAAACUCACUGAUCAACCGAUUCCAAUUAAGAGAGAUAAAUCUGUGUUACGUACAAGAGCUUUAUCAAAAUCACCAAAGAGACGCCAGAGACGCCCGCUUUCAGCCAACUUUGAUUUACGAACAUCUAGAUUGCAAAAAGCAAAUGAAAUUUGCGAUCCAAAAUUCAACUAUGGACCAAUGAGAAGGUCGCUGUCAACGUCGCCACCAGAUAAUGAGCGAAAAUUUUUCCUGCAAGAAAGACCAACACAUUUUAACCAUCCAGCCUAUUCUUCAAGUGAGAUAAACUCGCCUUUUCUUGCUUGCCAAAGCCAAUCUUCACGAUCAUCGUCCACACACACCCUGGACUCACCCUCCCUCAGUAGUUCCAACAAUCAAUUGAAAGAUAAAACCCCGUCACCAGAUGUUGUCAAGUCAACGAAUAUUCGACAUAGAUCUAAAGGAUCUAAUCGAAACACAAAUUCACACGUUAAAGAUCAACGUGAUCGCAGAAACACCAAUAUAUCACAAUCCACAUCGCCCAGUACACAUAAACCACUUAACCUGGAAUCAAGUUCCUUGUCAGAGACUGCAAAAUUAAACGAAGACGGUUCAAGAUUAUCCAAUCACAUUUCGCAGAAAUCUACCAUAAAAGCUGAUGUUGUAAUACAUAACGAUCAGGCUCAUCGUCGAUCUAACUCAACAUCUGAAAAGUCAUACACUGAAUCCAAAACAAAUCAAACAAAGCACAGCAGUCGAAAACCACACCGAAAAUCAUCACGUGAUGAGGAUCCUCUCAACUAUACAAGUCGAGAUCCAAAGCGAAGACCAUCCUAUGAUGGAGGGGAAAGCAGUAAGUCGAGUUACACGCAUUGCGAUAGCAGAACUGAAUCACCUGUGUUUAAACUUCAAGAAAAUGUCCACAUCAGCAACCAAGUGCUACAUGGGAAUAUUAUGGUUGACGAUUCUUACAAUGAUAGGGGAAGAUCGGCCUCAUGUCGGUUAAGUACAAACCCUGCCCCAAUGCAUGAGCGAGUUCGCCAGGACAGUGGGUUCUUUCCAAAAUCUGAAAGAGUAAGAAAACGCAAGAAAACUAAAGGACAAACAGGAGGACAAAGUGCCGAAAGCGAAGCAGCUGCACGUAGACUCUCUGAUAGGGCCGACUCAAACAGCCAACUAUGGAAUAAGCAACCAGGGGAGGCUCCCUGUACCGAGCGUCAGUCCGCGACUGUGAACAUGAAAACAGCAGUCUAUACACGAAUGCUUAUUGGGGAUAAUCUUGGCCCAGGCCAGGUAGUUGACCCGGAACUUCCUCGACAGUCAGAUGUACUGUGGAAAGCUACAAGAGACUCAACGGGUGAAAUAAAACUUGGUCUAAGAAAGGAUAAAAGGUCAGAUGGAGAGUCAUUCUAUGUGGAUAUCAUCAUGUGCAGAAAAAUAAGUUUUAAGUUUAAAGAUACUGAUCAUAUUCCAGGUAAGUAUAUUAAAAUUGAAGUCUUCUAUUUGAUAUAUCUGGAUUUGGAUUUAUUCGGUGUAAACACCAAGGAUAGCCCACGAAAGUCUAGAAGACCUAUUUCCAGUGGGGUUCUUCUGGUGGCGAUUGGGCAGUGCACCGGGAGACAAUCCCCU